CCCAAACGUGGCAGCUCAGUACCGAGGAUAUUAUUGACGGCCAGGUGCCGGCCCUGCGCUCACUUUCUCCAAUGCUUCUCCCCCGCAGCUACCAGAUCUGCGUAAAUUGCGCGCCAUCUGCCGGACGCUUCACAUAGCACUGGCUGGUGCUCGUUUGUGGCGUCUACCACCCUUUUGAUUACAGUCUCAUCUAAACGCCCUUCACUGCUACGCACAGUGCCGGUUCUGAGCGGCUAUGGCUUCCGACCGCCUGCCGCUCAGGUAGGGAAGGCUUACUCAGGGCUAGUAUGGUAUAAGUCUGAGGGUGACUUCUCCAACAUUGUGGUGUCUGGUUCAGCGAGGUGAACUUGGAGACCAUCAUUCGUUUCGUGAUGGCGAGGGGUAUCUCUCUCCGAGGGCUUUACGCCCUUUUGGUGGCUGCCUCGUUUCUCUCUGUGCUUUGCGCAGCCGACGCCGUUUCCGAUCUGCAGACCAAGGGACGCGCUGCCGUUGAUGCUGUGAUAGCAAAGUCGACGACUUGCACCAAGGACAAGCUCCAGGUGCGGAAGGAAUGGGGUGAUAUUACCGCUGCUGAGAAGAAGGCAUACAUCGCUGCCGUCCUUUGCAUCAUUCAGAAGCCAUCCAAGCUACCAGCAGCCCAAUACCCUGGAGCGAAGACUCGUUACGAUGACUUCGUCGCUAUUCACAUGAAGAACACCCUCACCAUUCACGGAACGGGUAAUUUCUUGUCAUGGCACCGAUACUUCACCUGGGCGUACGAGCAAGCCCUACGAACGGAGUGCGGGUAUACAGGGACUCAGCCGUACUGGGACUGGGGCAGAUGGGCGGCUAGCCCCGAGACAUCCCCCAUCUUCGACGGCAGCGAUACCAGCAUCAGCGGGCAGGGCGAGAAAGUCGCGCACCAAAGCAGCGGAAUGAAGCCCGCCGGUAACGGAGGUGGCUGCAUCAGUGGACCUUUCAAAAAUAUGACUGUCAACCUGGGACCCAUGGCUGCCAUGCCCGACACCACGCCACCCAAGAACCCGAGGAGCGAUGGCUACGGCUACAACCCUCGCUGCAUCAAGCGCGAUCUGUCCAACUAUCUGACGCAGCGCGAUGCUACGACUGCCAAGAUUGCUUCGCUCAUUACGGCGUCGAAGGAUAUCGCGACCUUCCAGAACCAGAUGCAAGCGGGGACUGGCGUGCACCCCGCUGGUCACUUCACCAUCAGCGGCGAUCCCGGGUCCGACUUCUACGUCUCGCCCGGCGACCCGGCCUUCUGGCUGCACCAUAGCAUGAUCGACCGCACAUGGUACAUCUGGCAAACCCAAGACUUUGCGAACCGCCAGCAGGUCAUUGCGGGCGGGACCAGCAUGAUGGGUUUCGGCUCGCGACAGCAGAGUCUGGAGGACGUGAUUGAUCUCGAGGUGUUGAAUGUGGAUGGAAAGAGCUACAAGAUCAAGGAGCUAGUUAGCACGGUUGCGGGCCCGCUUUGCUAUGUUUACGAGUAGACCGAGACCGUGGUGGGGAAGGGAAGGGACGGUUAGGGGGUUGUUCGUUUCUGUUGUGGUGCUGACGCAUCGCGCUGAUGAUUGAAUGCACAUUCUUUAUGCGCUUG